AUGGCUAAGUUAGUGGCUGGGCGAAACCCUCCCAUUUUCUUAGGGCAAGAAGAUCCAUUGGUGCUAGAAGAAUGGAUGCGAGUGUUCGACAAGCUGUUCGAUGCUCUGAACUGUCCUGCUGAGCGGCGUGUGGAUAUUGCUGUUUACUAUCUUCAGCAGCGAGCUGACAUCUGGUGGGCUACAGCUGGUCCGACCCUACGUCAAUCGCCAACUUUUGGAUGGGAAGCUUUCAAGGAUGCUCAGAGGAAGAAAUUUUACCCUGAGCAUGUUAGGACGGCCAAGUACGAUGAAUUCCUUCAUCUGCGUCAAGGAAAUAGAUCGGUUCAGGAGUACUACACCGAUUUUCUCAAUCUGUCGAGAUUUGCACCGGCUUUGGUCCCCGAUGAGCGAAGCAAAGCGAGCAAGUUCAUCCGAGGACUCAACUUUGAGACUCAGAAGGGUCUGAGUAUGUUCAGAUGCCAGACUCUGGACGAGGCGUAUAGCAGAGCUGCUAGCCAUUGUCAGGUUCAGCAAUUUCAAAGAGAAGUUGCUGGAAAAGGAAAGAGAAAGAGUGAAGAAGAUCAUCAGCAUGGUGAGAAGAGGCCUAAAUUUUCUCAUCCAGGCCAGAACCGCAACUAUCAAGGAAAAGGUGGACCUAGGAAUCAUAAUGGUCACCAGGUUCAGAGGAACCAAAGGGCUGAAAGGCACUACAACUGCAAGAGAUGUAACAAGGAUCAUCCUGGAGUGGAUUGCCAGGGGAACGUUGUCAAGUGCUUCAACUGUAAUAAGAUGGGGCAUCGUGCAUUUGAGUGCUAUGCCAAGAAGAACGGAAAUCCUUCAUGGCAGAACCAGAACAAGAAUGGAGGAAACAACGGAAAGAACCUAGGAGGAGGAAACCAGAAUAACCAGAAUGGCAACAGGAAUGGCGGUGAUAACAAGGCCCAGAAUAACAAUGGCGGGAAUGGUGGACAGGGACGUAUCUUCGUCAUGAAUAAGGCUCAGGCAGAGGCCAGUGACGUGGUUACAGGUACCUUCUUCAUUCACUUUGUGCCUGCAUUUGUUUUGUUUGAUUCUGGAGCUACAAAGUCCUUUGUAUCAACUGCUUUUGUUAAGAGAGUAGGGUUGGUUCCAACCUCAGAAGUAAAGAUAGCAGUUAAAACCCCUACUGGUAGUGUAGUUGCAUGCAAGGAUGGAUUGGCUAAGUUCUUAUAA